AGUCAGACACCAGAUCAGGCUCGCUGCCGAGGUCCAGGGGAGGCAGCGCGGGGUGCUGGCCACAGGGGCUCACUCUGCAGCUCAAUGGCAUCCCCAAAGAGACUGCAGGGUCUCACAGCAGCUACAAUCACUCCAAUGACUCCAGAUGGAGAAGUUAACCUCUCUGUGAUUGGGCAAUAUGUGGAUUAUCUUGUAAAAGAGCAGGGUGUGAAGAACAUUUUUGUGAAUGGCACAACAGGAGAAGGGCUGUCACUGAGCACCCAGGAGAGGAAGCAGCUGGCAGAGGAGUGGGUGACCAAAGGGAAAAACAAGUUGGAUCAUGUGAUCAUUCACGUGGGAGCAUUAAGUCUACCAGAGGCAAAGGAACUGGCCAAACAUGCAGCUGCAAUAGGAGCCAGUGGUAUCGCUGGGAUCGCCCCCUUUUUUUUCAAACCUACAAACAAAGAUACGUUGGUUGCUUUCUUACGGGAAGUUGCAUCUGAAGCCCCUGGCAUUCCAUUUUAUUACUAUCACAUUCCUCUUUUAACAGGUGUAAAGAUUCGUGUUGAGGAGCUGCUGGAUGGUAUAAAAGAACAGAUCCCCACCUUCCAGGGGGUGAAGUUCAGUGACACAGACCUCUUGGACUUCGCGCAGUGUGUGAAGAACAACAAAGAGCAAUUUGUGCUACUCUAUGGGGUGGAUGAGCAUCUGCUGAGUGCACUGGCAAUAGGAGCAUCUGGGGCAGUUGGAAGCACAUACAACUACCUGGGCAAAAAAAACAACUUGAUGUUGGAGGCUUUUGCAAAGCAAGACCUUGCAUUAGCACAACGGUAUCAGUUCUGUACUGGAGAAUUUCUCAGCUUUGUAUUCAAACUAGGUUUUGGUGUUGCACAAACUAAAGCAGUCAUGACUUUUACCUCAGGGAUUCCAAUGGGUCCCCCACGGCUUCCGCUCCUGAGUGCCUCUGUGGAUUUUAUUGAGAAAGCAAAAGCUAAAAUGGAGAGCCUGAUUGUGUGACUGUCCCAGCAGUUGAUCUGAUAUUAAUGUGGAUCUGGAGGUUUGGGGCCUCUGCUUUUGUGAUUCAUCACUCAAAGGGUUCUCCUUGGGGAACACACUGACUCAAUGAGAUUUCCAUCAGUGAAUUUGUAAUAAGUGGUUUCCUAACAGGGAUGGCCUUGUUAGCCUAUGUCUUGCUUUCUUUCCUUUAGUAUUACCCAAAGGGGGAACCUUUAUAAUACAGGUGAAUUCUGUUUAUCUGAAUGGCCUGGAGGACAUCCGAGACCUUUGGAUAACCAGGUGUUCAGAUAAAUGGAAGUGCUAUUUUUAGCUGCAGUUUCACAGGUCUGGUCUACACUUCAAAUUGAGGUCAGCCUAGCUACGUUGUUAAGAUGCCCUAACCUUUCUGGUAGAUGUGGCAAGGUCAAUGGAAGAAUUCUUCUGUUGACCUAGCUACUACCUCUCGGAGAGGUGGAUUACGCCUAUUGAGGGGAAACCCCCUUCUGUCGCUGUAGGAAACGUCUACGCUAUGGUGCUCCAGCGGCACAGUUCCAGUGCCAUAUCAGUGCCGCUUGAGUGGCUGUAGUGUAGACAAAGCCACUGUUUCAUACUGCAGUGAUGCCAGUCCCAGAGGGAGGAGGGGAGAAAAGGAUCUGGUAUCACUGCGGAAUGAAAGGGCGGGGAGGGGGAAGGCAAAGAGGAGGAUGGGAGAGAGAAAAGAAAGGAGGUAGAGGGGAAGGAGCCGCAGGAGACAGGAGCCUUCUUGACAGCCCAGGAUUCCACAAGCACCAGUACAAAUACUGUAGUGAGGGGUACAGCUGCCUGGCUCCCUCCCCCACAGCUGUCAGUGCUAGAACCAAGGAGGUUCUUGUCUCCUGCAGCUAUUCCCCCUCUCUUAACUACAUUUUGGAUCCCCAAGAGUGUGAUCUGAAAGAACAGUGUAUUCCCCCAUGCACUUAAUGAGCCGCUAAGAGGUUAUCUGAAUGAGCACAAUUAAUCGGGAUAUUCAGUUAAUUGACAUUUGAACUUUGCCUGUAGUUGCCUCUGCCCUAUGGUGCACAAAAGCAAGGUAUGCUUCUAAUGAAGCAAACGUAUAAGGGUAUGUCUGUACUGAAAAUGCUACAGCAGCACAGCUGCAGUACUUCAGCGUAGACACUACUUACCCCGAUGGAAGGGGUUGACAUAAGUUAUACCAACAUAAGUGGUAGUGUAGACAUAGCCUGACUCUCUGCUGAGGAGGAAGGUUCCUUGCUGGAAUUCUGAGUUCCUCUGGAAAGGGAAGAGGACUCUCUGACUUCCAGAAUUUCCGUCUACUAUGACAGUCCCAACCCCCCCCC